UUCUUAUAAAACGAAUUUCAUGUUUAUAUCCUGUGCUGGGAACUUUUCUAUAGGCAGAGUACAAUCCUUUAAGACAGACCCUUAUCAGGAAACAAUCUACUGUAAGUGUGUCUUACACAAUGCUAUGUUUAGAUACUCCUAGAAGCCUAUAAGUCUGUCCAUGUGUGGAUUCUAAGGCAAAUAACAGUCUGCUUACAGCUGCAAUAUAGUAUUGUCCUAAUCUAUGUCUUUUUAAGUAAUUCUAAUUAUUUAUCAAAUGUUGAGAAUAAGACACUUCAGGCCUACUCACCACCUUUAUUGUUCAGGCCUAAAUAGUACACAAUUUGCAUAAGUAGGGAUGGGUUUUAAGAUAGACCACGCCCUGCUUUUUGCAUCAUCAACUCAACUAUUGCAGCCCCUACAUCUGCUUUCAGAUUUCAGAAGCAGACGACUCAAAUCUCUCAGACCAGCAAGAGAAAAGCCUCAGAAGAUUUCAGAAGCAGAUGACUCAAAUCUCUCAGACCAGCAAGACAAAAGCCUCAGAAGUUUCACCAAACUACUGGUCACCUGUCCAGGUCGUACCCUACCCCUUGCCUAGCAACAACUGGGAUUAGCUCCAACCCCACCCUGUGAUUGAAAUAAAGUAUUACACCAACACCACUUCAGAGGAAUGGACAAAAAAAGAAAUAUAAUGAUAUUCUGUCUGCUUAUGGCAGCUACAUGCUGCCCUGUGUUUAGUGCAGAGUGGAAGGCCACUGUUGUAAAACAGCUUAAGGCCCUGGUUUCUUCCUGUGUUGUGGUUCCCUGUUCGUUCACCCAUCCUGGAGGAGAGCUGCCUGCUUCCAAACUCAGAGCCAUUUGGCAUCGUUUGGACGUAAAGACCCAAAAUAUAUACCAUGAAGAUUCUAAAAAGAUCUUGGACAGCUUUAAGGGCAGAACCCAGCUCUUAGGAAAGCUGGGUCAGGGCAACUGCACCCUAGAAAUAAUUGAAAUUAAAGAUCAUGACAACGGCCCUUUUUGUUUCCGGAUUGAACUAGUGAAGACACCUGAUGACCCACCCACUAAAGAGAAGGUCUCCUUUGUUGAAGAUUGUGUUGAGUUAAAAAUGCACCAUGAUGACAUAAAACCUGAACUGCAUCAACUGAAGACACCUGUUCAAGGAAAACCUUUUACUAUCACCUGUUCAGUCCAUCAUACCUGUCCCUCACACAAACCUGAACUCUCAUGGAAUCGGGGAAAAGCAGACGAGAUCAGUGAGAUUCAAACAAACAUGAAUUUUGGCAACUGGAAGACAGAGUCCAUCCUGACAUUCAUUCCUGAGGAGAAGGAUGACCACACUAAUCUCACCUGCACAGUUGUGUUUAAUGGAGGAUUGAAAUCCUCCACAACCAUCACUCUCUAUGUAAAACGCACAGAAAACUAUAAUCACAUAAUCAUUCCUGUAACAGUGGCAGUUGGUACUGCUAUGAUCUUUGGACUUCUCUGCAUUUUUAUGGUGAAAAAAUACAAGGAGCGCAUUGCAGAGCUGCAGAGUCGAGAUGGCAGCAUGUGGAAUCGGAUGUCCAGAUUGUCCCGCAGUGAAGAAAAAUGUAUUUUAUAUUAUUAAUCUUAGAUGGCUGAACAAAAAAAACUUGUCAUAGUAACAUUGAUCUAAUUCAUAAAUUAAUCUAUAAAUGUUCAGCUUUCGUCCUAAUGGCCCAGUCUGAUCAAAGGCAAGAGACAUUUUAAGGAUAAUUUUUAUAAAACACAUUUUGUCACUACUCCUCCGACAGCUUUAAACACAUGUAAUUUCUAUAUAUUAAUUGCUUAAAAAAAACUGAAUCCAAAUGACCA